GUGGUGGCACCCUGGUUGUAGAAUACCGUGCCCAACUGGCAGCAGCUCCAUCAGUAUCUCAGCACCGGGCCAAAGCCUCAUUAUUUCCCCACACUUUUUAAUCCCUUGGUGGAAAGAGCUCCAGCUUUACACCACUUAAGAUUUGCUCUCUCAGUUGGGGUUCCCCAACCAAAGAUCCCCCACCUGUGCUGGAUUGCAAUCCCCAUUAUCCUCAGCCCUGCUAGCUGCGAAUGCUGGCAAUCCAGGGAGGCUUUUUCAUCAUUAUUCCAGCUGCAUUUUUGUUGUUUUUAAAUGCAUUUCACUGAGAUACUCGGGACACGAAAGUCCAGUCCCUCCUCACCUGCCUUAACCCUGCUUUAUUUAUAAGUUGUUGCUUUUUCAUUUUCAAAUCCAGGGACUGGAAGAGUACUCCGGGGGGAAAGGCUUCUAAAAUUAUCCACCAGCGCAAGGAAUUCGGGAAGGCCGCCUCUGGACUACUGGGGCGCACGGAGCGCUGUGUUUGGUUGAUGCCCGUUGGAUUCAAAUCCAGGCGCCGAUCUUGCCCUUCGGGAUGGCUGCCCUCACUAGCUGCCCGAGUCCGGAGAACGAGGCUGGUGCGGCCGACACUUCUCCUCUCCUCCCGGAGGGGAACCCCAAACACAAAGGGCUUCUCCAGCUGGGCUCUCUCUUCGGCACCCGGACCGAAAAGUUUGUCAUUGCGAGAAGCGACAGCGUGCCGGAAGAGAACGUUUUGAAGAUCACGGUCACGGAGACAACAGUUAUCGAGUCGGACUUGGGCAUAUGGAACUCGCACGCACUCAUCUACCUCACACUGUGGUUCUUCUUCAGCUUCUGUACGCUUUUUCUGAAUAAAUACAUCCUGUCGCUGCUGGAGGGCGAGCCGAGCAUGCUAGGGGCCGUUCAAAUGCUGUCGACCACGUUCAUUGGCUGCAUCAAGCUGUCCGUCCCCUGCUGCCUGUACCAGCACAAGACGCGCACGUCGUACCCCCCCAACUUCAUCAUGAUCAUGCUCUUUGUGGGACUGAUGAGGUUUGCAACGGUGGUCCUGGGCCUGGUCAGUCUGAAGAACGUCGCAGUUUCCUUCGCCGAGACGGUUAAAAGCUCCGCGCCCAUUUUUACCGUCAUCAUGUCCCGGAUGAUAUUAGGGGAAUACACUGGAUUGCUCGUGAACCUUUCCCUCGUGCCCGUGAUGAGCGGCCUUGCUCUCUGCACUGCCACGGAGCUGAGCUUCAACUUCCUCGGGUUUUCGGCGGCUUUGUCCACGAACAUCAUGGACUGCUUGCAGAACGUUUUCUCCAAGAAGCUGCUCAGCGGAGACAAGUACCGGUUCUCCGCUCCAGAGCUCCAGUUCUACACCAGCGCGGCGGCGGUUGUCUUGCUAAUUCCUGCCUGGAUAUUUUUCAUGGAUAUGCCUAUCAUCGGGAAAAGCGGGAAGAGCUUUGAGUAUGAUCAGGAUGUGGUCAUGCUGCUCCUGAUGGUUGGCGUCCUCUUCCAUCUCCAAAGCGUCACCGCGUACGCCUUGAUGGGCAAGAUUUCCCCCGUCACCUUCAGCGUCGCCAGCACCGUGAAGCACGCCCUGUCCAUCUGGCUGAGCAUCAUCGUCUUCGGGAACAAGAUCACCAGCCUCUCGGCCGUCGGGACGGUCCUCGUGACGGUCGGGGUGCUGCUUUACAACAAAGCGAAGCAGCACCAGCAAGCAGCCAUUCAGAGUCUGGCGGCCGCGGCCCUGCCUACUCCCGUUUCCCAGAACAGCGAGUCUGAGCCACCCAUUUGCAAAGCUGUAUGAAGGACGCGGCCUUCCGUCCCUCCGCUGCAACUUGCCACGACCAGCUCGCGGUUUCGGGGGGUCCUUUAUUCUCGAUAAUCAACAGCACCCGGAGUUCGUUACGCUUCCAGGGCCGCGUGUCUUUCCCUGUGGAGCAAAAUGGGAAACGUUGGCUGAGAAACAGAACCUUUCUGAGGGAGAACUCUGGGAAAGGGAUUCCUUUUCGUGCUUGGCUCCGGAGGGAAAUCAGAGGCUGACGGGUAAGACUCUGCCAAAGCAGUGCAAGCUAAGACAAGUUUCCCCGUGUUCUGGACACACGUGCAUCAGGCCAAACACCCGUCCACUGCAUCGCGGACAUCUCUUGCAGCGCCUGUGAGCUGAUACAACCGUGUUUGGGCAGGCCAGAUUUUUAAGGCACGUUGGCUCGAGUGGAAUGCCGCUGCAGGUCCACUUGGAAAGACUCGGACCAGCAGAGGGGAUGCACUGGGAAGGGGGCUGCACAGGGCUUUUAACCCCACUGCAUCCCACUGCCGAUUCCAGGGGGAAUACCACUGUCUGUCAAGAGCGGGGACCGUCUUGAGAUGUUCAAGAUGACAUCAGAAAUGUUGACAAGACUCCUGUGUGUGUACACCUGGUUUUAAUUCCUGCUUCCACCCAAACUAAAGUUUAUAAAGGGAUUAGGGUUGCUAAAUGCAUUAUACCCGGGAGCGGGGGUGGUGGGUUGUAGCUUUUCAACCCAUGUUUAAUUUUCAGUACUGUACAAACAGGCAGUAAAUCAUUGACUCUUUGUUGUUCAAUAGGAGUCAGUGAAGCGUUUUUCUGAGUGGGUGUCGUGAUAAACAAGGAAAAGACCGUUUCGCUCUCUCAAUAUGGGAGGGAGUUGAUUCAGACAAUUUUUGGGGUCAAGGCUUAGCACAUAAGAUCAUAACAGCAGGGGGGUGAAAGAGUUGGGGCGCAGAGCUGCAUGCUUGAUGAUGAUGGACAAAACCGACUUGGCCGGUCGUUUUGCUCUGGGAAGGAAGUGAGGGCUGGUGGGACAGAGCUCCUCACGCCCACCCUGCUGGCAAAUAAUUCCACAUUUAUUCCAGGACAGACUGUUUGACAGUCUCGGCCAAGAUUGUCCCCUCUUGACCGCAGUGACUCUCUAGGGCUCUUGGCACAGAGUUGUUCUCCUGCAACCCCAUCCUUCUAACUGAAGGAUUCUAACCUGGCACAUUCCACGCAUGGCUUUCCCCCUUGAGUUAGGAGAUGAUCCCGUUUUUGCAGCCACCGCUGCAUCUGUGUCCUGGUAUUGUUUGGAUUGGUAACAGAGGGACAGGUUGAGCUGCUGGCUGUCAGUGAAGAAACACUUGUUGCUGGGGAUCAUGGGUUGGAGGGUUCCUGUGAGAAGCAGAUUGGGCACUGGGUGACUGGACUGGAGGGACCCUUGCCUGACCCAGCAGGGCUUUUCUGAUGUUCCUAAGCUCCAUGCAGCAUAAGAACACUCUAGGCUGACAUUUGUUUGCUUUUUGUGCCCAAUCUCCAUUCAUGAGGACUAGAACCUUAUGAAUUGGAUUUGACAUAUUCUAUGUGGAUGGUUUUUGUUUUGGUUUUAAAUGAAAAUCCUCUGGCAGAGACAGCUGAAUGCUGCAUUUUGUAUGAUUCAAAGUGAGUGUGCAAUCUUUUGUCAUUUAAUCUAUUCCAUAAUUUUCUUUUCCACUUGUCCUAGAUUGGGGCAAGGAGUACCUAGAAACUGCCCUCUGUUCUCAACAAAUCUGAUCCCAUAAUUCCAAAUAAGUAUUCCAGUAGAUCUGCCUUCUGGAAUAGUUCUGUGCCUUUCAAGCAGAUCUUGGUGUUUGUUUGUUCUUUUGUUUUUGCCAAUGAAAGCAGCAUUCUUCAGAAGCUGAAUUCUGCAGCCGUUAACUCCUAAUUUUGCACCUUUCGUGGCAGAAUUGUGCCAUGCACCCAGCCAGGGCUCAAAUUCUGGAGUGGCGGGGGAGGAAGUGAGAGCUUCACAGGAUUCCUAGAGCCCCUCUCCAACGUUACCCCACAGGUGGACUCCCUUCUAGCUUCCGAAAUGCUAGCUAAGGGGCAUUCCAAAAGAUGGGGGGUAGCUCCAUAUAAUUCUAGCCCUGCUCAUCUCAAAUUCUCUUUUCCUUGUUUGACUCAAUGGGAUAAUAAGCAAUUUAACAUUGUCCCCACCUAUGUAGGGGGCAGCUGCCAGGCCCUUCCCUCCCCACAGUCCCAGUGCUGGGACUUGUAGGACUUCUCUCUAGGGAAACAGGUUAAUCCGCAAGGAGAGAACAGGCUGAGUGCCAGAGGCAUCAGCACCAUCAAAUGGAGCAUCUCCUGUUAAAAAGCUCAGGGGGCAGGAGACCAGAAUUCCACUGAGAGCAGAGAGGCGAUGGAUUCAAUAGACUGGUGUAGAUUUUUGGAGCAUCUGCACAAAUAGACGAAGGGGAGGGGGGCUCGUGGGCGGCGGCCUCGGAGCCUGCAAAUCUGCAGCUGCAACGGCAGCGUGAGCUGGGGCCGCUUCGCACAGGUAAAUCCCCGUGGGAAAGUCUGCGCUUUGCCAAAGAGCAAGGGAGGAGUGUCGCACUCGCUUCGCUCGCUCUGCCGCCUGAUCAGAUUCCCUGCGGCUUGAGUGUCUUCUUGUCAACUUGGGUUGCUCUUUGGUGCCGUCCUGCGAAUUGCAACUGAGGUCGAGGGGGCUUUCCCUGAGGGAUGCAUGGAUCGGAUUCCAGCUGGGGUCCACAUGCAUAUCACCUGUGAAUGAACGGAUAAUUCACAGGUGGAGGGGACGGGGGUUGAGGUGAUGGUCUGACCCACCCCUGGUGGCACCUGGGUUUGCAUGAUCAGCAGGCCAAUGUGGAGCUCCAUGAGGGGGUGAAGAAGCGAUCCUUGCUCCUGGGAGCCCUCCGUUGGGAUCCCUGCACCCCGUUUCUGCUGCUACUGCAAGGCCUUUGGGGCUUAUGGCAACAGGAAGUGGCGGGGAGAGGAGCUGGGCGGGAACAGACACUGAGCCAUGAUGUGCCCAUUCAUCCGUCUGGCACAUCAAGGCUCCCAAGCUCCACCCAACAUGGCCCAUGGCUCCAUGUGGAUGGAUGUCGUCCAACCCGCUCCACUUCUGAUGGGAAUGCCUCUUCCAAGCUGAUGCUUUGUACAAGCACUUAAAGAAACAUCGGUCUUCAAACCUGAUGAACGUACGUGGCACUUCUUAACUGACCAAAAGACUCUUAAUUGGUUUGGCAAAGUCAUUCAUGGACCAGAAACACGGCAGUCCUAAAUCUUCAGGGAACAAGGUGCACAUUUGUUCAAGUGGCAUGGAUUUUGCAGUAGCGAUACCCUCCUUAGACCGUUAGGGUUUGAACAAACCGAGGCAUCGCUAAUGUUAAUGAAUUGUUCUUGAAGUAUUUUGGAGUUCUAGUAGAGGAAAAUAAAUAAAUGUUCCCUGAAGUCGGCACAUCCUUGAGUGAAAUAGUGAAAUAAAUACUUGGAAUGUUUGUCAAACUUGCAGCGCAUACAGUUCUUUGCAGAGAACCACAAUUGUUAAGUUGGGCAUGACAAGUGAACCCGUUGUGACAUAGGCUGGUUUAGCGAUCUUUAAUCCAAGUUCUGCAAGGCCAAAGCUUUAGGCUUGUGUCCUGCGAAAAAGUUGGAUAUCAUUCCCAAUAAAACGCAUAGGAUUGUACUUUCUACCUCUGUUGCGCAAAGGCCGAACCUGUCCCAUAGACAAUCUAAUGGAUUUGUUCCAUGGACAUAGCAAAAUGUUUUCUUUCUUCCUGUGGAAACGUUGACAAACAUGUCACUGGUGCUUUCGCAAUGGGGCCAAACCUUAAAUGCUCUGGAGUUCGAUGAGACUGAAAAUGAGAUUCCAUAAAAAUUCUAGAGCGUUCAUUUUUCCAGUAUUUUACUUAAGUGUAGCACAGUUGGAGAAAGCUCAUGUAAAAUGUCCUUCCUUGGUUAUCAGCCAGUGUUUGGCCAUAAUCAGCUGUUUGCAACUGUUGAUAUUGGUUUAGAAUCCUGUGGAUAGUCCUUUGUUACUUGUGUGAAAUGCAAACAGGAGAAGGGAUUUGCUUGUGGCAAUGUUUUGUUUCAUUUUGAAAAAUAAAUCUGCAAGUGUAAUUCUGUACUUCACUGGUUUCUUUGUAAAAUUCUCCUUGGAUAAAUAAAAUAAUAAAACUCAGCUCAACUGAA